AUACCCACUCUUCACGUCUCCAUAAAAUUGGCUUGUCGUGACGUGCAAGGAAGCGCAGAGUUCAGAUAGGUUGCUCUUAUCAGUAAUAAUUAAAUAGUUCUGUAUUCAGAUUGAAGACAUGAAUCGUGGAACUGAAAUCUGUAGUUGAUUAACACAUGCUUGCUUUGUCAUGAGCUGCCGACAUUGAAAUUCAACCACUCCGUAAGAGAUUUGGAGCGAGAUCGACUAAGAGAUCAUGAGUCUAGUAAAAAUUUCCCCUUCUGCCAACCGACAGAAGGAAGUGGAAGUAGGAGCUCUGCAAGAUCGAUCUACUACAAGGUGCUAGACGGAGCAGUUAACAGCUUUGGCGGAAAGGAGCAAUCUAGACGAGAAAUAUUAAGAACAUUCAGGCUGAGAUUUGUCC